AUGAGCGGCUCCAGGGCGCGGGCGGCGGCGGCGGCGCCGGGGCCGGACAAGAAGCUGCCGCCGGGGCCGCCGGGGUCCGCGGGGCCGCUCAGCCGCCUGCGGGGCCGCCGCGGAUCGGCCGAUGCGCCGCCACGGCAGCCCUGGACCGAGUCCGAGUUGCUGGCGCUGGAGACCGUCCGGCCGGAGCACGUCCUGGGGCUGUGCCGGGUGACGGAGAAUUAUUUAUGCAAACCUGAGGACAACAUUUACAACAUUGACUUCACCAGGUUUAAGAUCCGGGACCUUGAAACUGGAACAGUCCUUUUUGAAAUUGCCAAGCCGUCUGCUUCAGAGCACGCUGAGGAGGAUGAGGAUGACAGCAGCGAGCUGGAUGCAAGUGCAGGGCGCUUUGUUCGGUACCAGUUCACCCCAGCGUUUCUCCGUCUGCGGACUGUUGGUGCAACAGUGGAAUUCACAGUGGGAGAAAAGCCAGUGUCAAACUUCCGAAUGAUUGAGAGGCAUUACUUCCGAGAUCGCUUACUGAAGAACUUUGAUUUUGAUUUUGGCUUCUGCAUCCCCAGUAGCAGGAACACAUGUGAACACAUUUAUGAGUUCCCUCAGCUCUCAGAAGACCUUAUCCGUCUGAUGGUGGAGAACCCGUACGAGACGCGCUCGGACAGCUUCUACUUUGUGGACAACAAGUUGAUAAUGCACAACAAGGCCGACUAUGCUUACAAUGGAGGACAAUAAUCAUUCUGGCUGCUGGAUGCUGUGAUGCCCUUAACCAUUCCAGACGUGCAGGAGUGGACUGGAGUUGCUGUCUCGUGCAACAAGGCUUCUUGCCAAACUUUUUCUCUGUGCAUGAGGCUGAGAACAUGAGGCAAAGACGAUGGCUCCUGAAGGGAAAUCUCCCUGCAACACCUCUCUGAGACUCAGCAUUUCCUGCCUCUCCUCCUCUGCUCCUGGCUAUCUUCUGAUAACCUUGGUUAGGUCAGUGAUCAGAGGGACUCUUAGACAAUUCUUGCUCUUAGUCUUUCUAGUUAGUUUGCACCUUUAGUGCUUCUGAUGUUUCACCUCUUGGGUGAAUAUCCUUUUUCAACAGGUCAGAUUGUUUGUGUUAAGCUAUUUCUUAGCAGGAAAAUCUUAACCCCUUCCAGUAGCCAGCGAUGCUUGAAGAGCAGAUCUUUUGUUCAGGUGGAUAGCUCAUCUCUUCAGUGGCAGUGGUUUUGUUUGUGGCAUUGCUGACAUGGUUUUUUAGGGUGCAUCCCAAUAUUCUCCAGUGGGAAAGAGACUAAUUUAGCUUCUAAGCAGUGCAGGAAUAUUCCAUCUGCCUCUGAGGGCCUGAGCUGCCCCUAAGAACAUUUAAGCUCUGUUUUGCCAGAGAUUUCACUAGAGAUACAAGAUAGGGGAAAAAGGAGAUUGUCCCUCUGGUAGCAUUUCUGUUUGAGUUUUUGUGAGCAAACUGUUGAAUUUCGGAGCUCAGGGGUCAACCUUAGAGCUGAAGUUAAUCUCACUAUAUUUACCAUUUCUCCUUCUUCCCUUUGUAGGAAUUUUUGGCCCUUGGUACAGAAUGUAUUGCUUUUCAGGUGGACAGCACAUUGUCAACCUGGCUGGGGUGAAGGUAUCCUUCUAGCAGGGCUUAGAGGAAAGAGAAUGUGGAAAAUCACUUGAAAAAGGAGUAGGAAGCAGAGCUUCCUGGGCUUCAGUCUGUAAUUGUAAACCUGACUGGUCUGUCAGAGUUGCUGUGAGCAGCACCAGCUCAUUUUCUGUGUUGCAGGGGAGAUAUUAGUAGCUAAAAGCUUCCCAGGUCAGAUCACUCAGUGUUAUGGAGUGGGAUCCUUGAAAAGUGAGAAUGUACAUGGUUCUCUUUUUCAUUGUUCCCAUCAUUGCUCUGCCUGCUCAGCUGCUUAUUUAUGGUUUAGGAAGUCAUGUUGCCAGGUUGAUACCACAGCUGUGUUUGGGAUCUGGCAAUGGGAGAUAGCAUCAUGCAGUAGGAAGAGGAGGACCUGUGUCUUGCCGAUAGCUGUGCUGGGGCAAGCUCCCAACUGUGCAAAAUCUCAGCUAUCACAACCUUUUUUGCCAGUUUUACUGGCUCUCAAGACUGGUACUUUUCCUGUCCCCAUGCUGGGCUGCUCAGUUGUGUCUCUUGUUGGGGGAGUUAGGUUGUGUCUAGACUGGAGACCUUUCCUAAUACUACUUCCAUUUGUUCUUGGGACAGUUAAAAGCUAACUCUUCAGUGGUUACCUGUUGUGUUAAGAGGGAUUCAGGGUAGUUUGUGUUUCAGCAGGGUUGAGUGGGGUGGACAUCA